AUGGCCGUCGAUAUCAUCCAAGAGAUCAGUUUUUUUACUCCUCCUCAAGACGGUUCCGCUGCAUGGAUGGAUUUUACUCCUACGCUGGUCACAGGCAAGAAGAAUUUCGUACCGAUAUCUGGUCAAGUGACCAUUCAUGAUUUGCGAAACAAGGAAAGUAGCAUCGAUCUCGAUACACAUGGCUUUGAAGUGCUGAAAUAUGACGGUGACAUACAUAAUGAAUUCGACAAUGACAGCGAGAUGCAGCGAUCCUACUAUGAAGACAUUGUUGCUCUGCUUAAAAAGCGUCUAGGUGCUUCUAGUGUAGUCAUCUUCAAUCAUAUAUUCCGUUUCCGUGGAUCCCCGCUUACUCCAUAUCAGUGUGAUUCGACUCACAAAAAUCCUGGUCUCGACGCACACGUGGAUAUUGAUCCAUCUGGAGUUCCUUGGAAAGUAGAACAACUACUCGGUGAAGAAGAGGCUAAAAAAGCUAUGCAUCGUCGUUUUCAGAUGAUCAAUAUCUGGCGACCAAUAGGACCCAAUCCUGUAAUGAACAUACCGUUGGCGCUCUGCGACUAUCGUUCAGUUGACGUCGACAAGGAUAUGCAUGUAGUACAGCAUCGAGGAACUCCAAAUAGUCUCUCGGGCUAUGCGGUGUCGCACAAUGCUCAAGGUGCUCAAAAGUGGUACUAUCUGAGUCAAAUGCGAUCAGAUGAAAUGUUUGUUUUCAAAAUAUUUGAUAGCAAACCCGAUGUUGCUCAAUUUGGUGCUCAUGCGGCCUUUAUUAACAAGCAUGUGCCUCCAACGAAUGUCGAACAGAAAAGCAUUGAAGUGCGCUGUUUAGUUUUUUAUGACCAAUAA